AUGUUCGGCCCGGGCCUCCUCGUGGCCGUGGUGGCCCUGGCCUCGCCGGUGUUCGGCCAAACGGCAUGGCAGCCCAACCAGGUCAACACAAGGAUAUGCCAAUGGCUGCAGUUUGGAGCUGCUGUCCUCCGGGACACGGUCUACUUGAACGGCGGUGAUCUGUGGUGGGAGCCAGGCUUCGCCGACGGCUCAACCGGGCCGGCCGUCACCGACAACAACCGGCUGGGCGUCAUCUACACGCUCAACUUCAGCACCCCGUUCAACACCACCCAGAACAUCUCGGCCAUCCUGGGCACGCUGGCAACCGGCGGCGGAGAUGCCAACAACCGCGCCCCGAACUACGUGGAUGGCGCCCUCCUGGGCAACGACAACGAGUUCUUCGUCUACGGGGGGCUCCCGCAGAAAUCCGAUGCAUUCACGCCGCCCCCGGGCCACUCCGUCCUGGCCUAUAACAAGUACCAGUAUGGCGCGCCCAAGCCCGGCUUCACCUCAUAUUUUUACAACAAGGACCUCGGCCCCAACGUGACUCGUUACGUCGCCUACGGCGGAGCUGCGAGCGCGCCCUCGGAGAAUCUGGCCUGGUACUUUUCCGGCCUUCGCUCUCCCAGCGGCGGAGAGAUCUACUAUCCGGGCACGGGCAACGCGACGACUACCGCCUCGAACGUGUCGAGCACGCUCAUCACACUUGACAUGGCGACGCAGUUGCAGGAGACCUUCACCAACGACACGCUGCCGCAGGCUAUCCCUGGCCGAGCCGACCCAGAGCUUGUCUGGGUCCCCGUCGGCUCGAAGGGCAUCCUCGUCGUCCUGGGAGGAGUCGUGUACCCCGACUUUUCCGAACGCUCACAGACGUCGGCGAACCAAACAGCCAGUGAACUCCAGAGCCCGUCGUUCAUGUCCACCAUCGACAUCUACGACGUCGCCAGCCGCAAGUGGUACACCCAGAAAACCACGGGCGGCCCCGGCCAGCGCACCCGCGGGUGCGCUGUUGUCGCCCGUGCCCAGGACGGCUCGAGCUUCAACAUCUACUACUACGGCGGCUACGAUGGCCUGCACCAGGACCAGCCCUUCAGCGACGAAGUGUGGGUUUUGUCGCUGCCGUCCUUUACGUGGGUGCUGCUGGCGAACAGCACGGUCGAGGGGCGCGCCGGACACAAGUGCGUGGCGCCCUACCCGGACCAGAUGAUGGUCAUUGGGGGCUAUCCCCACCCCCAGGGUCUAGUCACGAGCUGUCUGACGGAGACCAUCCGGGUGUUCAACCUCUCGGCGGGGACGUGGCUGGACCGGUACGACCCUGCCAUCUACUCGAACUACACGGUCCCCAGCGCCGUGCACGAGAAGAUCGGCGGUUCGGGGACCGGGGGCGCCACGGCGACGACGCCUAGCCCCUCUGGCUUCGAUUCGACCGAGCUGGCCAAGGUCUUCGCCACUCCGUACCCGGUGACCAAGAUCGCGACCUACUACCCGUAUCCGUCCGUCGGCCCGGUCAACAACACCAACCCGAACGUAGGGCCCACGCCCUCGGCGCCAAGCUCGGGAGGCGGCGGUCUGCCGUCGUACCUGCCGCCCGUGCUCGGCGUGGUGCUAGGCCUGGUCUUCUUCACCAUGGUUGCCGUGCUGAUCCUGCUGUGGCGACGGCGCCGGCUGCUGCGUGCCGGCACCGCGAGCGAGGUCGGCACCGAGUACACGACCCCGAGUCGCGCGUUCAUCAAGUGGUGGCUGCGCGGCCAGCCCGCCCAGCCCGCCCAGCCCAGCGAGGCCAAGGCGCCGACUGUCACGUCAUCUGACUACACACCGGCCAGCUCGGCCGAGCCCGACACCCUUGCCGUGGCGCCGCGGCCGAUCGCCGAGAUGAUGGACACGGGCGUGCCGCUGCCCGUCGAGCUGCCAGCAGGUAACCAAAUCUUCCUGCUUCCUCUUUCCGAGUCCCACCUCCCCCCUAAACCCCCUUCUUCUCCCUGCUCCAGCCCUCGCUGA